AUGUGCCAUUCUUCCUCACCUCGAAUCUCCUCCUCGACGUCUCUUGCUAGUGAACUGUUCGAGGGAUUUAACGUGAACACCAAGGAGAAGUGCAUCGUCAAGAUCCUCAAGCCUGUUAAGAAAAAGAAGAUAAGAAGAGAGAUUAAGAUACUUCAGAACCUAUGCGGUGGGCCGAACAUUGUGAAGCUCUUUGAUGCUGUUAGAGAUCAACAACACUCGAAAACUCCGAGUUUGAUAUUUGAGUACGUCAACAGCACGGACUUUAAAGUUCUGUACCCUACACUGACUGAUUACGACAUUCGUUACUACAUCUAUGAGCUCUUGAAGGCAUUGGAUUACUGCCACUCGCAAGGGAUCAUGCACAGAGAUGUGAAGCCUCACAAUGUUAUGAUUGACCAUGAGCUGCGUAAGCUUCGGCUGAUAGAUUGGGGUCUUUCUGAGUUUUACCACCCUGGGAAGGAGUACAAUGUGCGUGUGGCAUCAAGGUAUAUGGCUAUAUUCCGUAAGGAACCUUUCUUCUACGGGCAUGACAAUCAGAAUCAGCUUGUGAAAAUCGCCAAGGUACUUGGGACAGAUGAGUUGAAUGCAUAUCUAGAUAAGUACCAGUUAGAACUUGAACCACAACUUGAAGCACUCGUUGGGCGGCAUAGCAGGAAGCCUUGGUCCAAAUUCAUCAACGCGGACAAUCAGCAUCUAGUCUCACCCGAGGUUUACUAUUUUAACUUAAAGGAAAUGGGAUCAAAAUUUCCAACAGCCGAUGAUAUAGAUAAGAUUAUUUCCGCUGAAAUACCAGACAAGACAGUAGAUCCAGACCUGUAUGUGAUCGUUGGGGAUUGUAUGAUGCAUGGUCCUUGCGGUGCAGCAAAGAAGGAUAAUGUAUGUAUGGUUAACGGUAAAUGUUCUAAGAUGUUUCCGAAACCUCUCAACAUCAGGACAUCGAUUGACACAAAUGGAUUUCCAGCUUACAUGCGUCGGAUUGAUGGUAGGUUCAUUGAGAAAAUGGAAUCAGAUUAG